AUGCCUUUAAUUGAAGAACUACCAGUCACCACCACAGCCCGUGCCUCACAUGGCUGGAGUUACGUUCCCGACAAUGUUGCCCCUGUUCCUGCCCUCCAGCUGGGUUCCCGCAAACGUGGUCGUGAAGGAACGGUAGCACAUGCGGCUGCUCAUAAGCUCUCGGCGAAGCAAGAAAAGGCCAUUCAACAGCGACUGAACGACUUGAAUAAGGAAAACUAUCGCGAUGCCCACAUCCCAAUACCGAAACGAGAGGGUGCAAAGGGAAAAGAGAGGAAGACCACACAAAAUGUAAGGCGGAUUCUCGCCUACAAUAGGACGUUCCAGCAUUAUCUUGCAGACGAAGAAGCAGGGGUGAAUGUUUAUGGAAGUGCUGCCAACGUACCUGCCGCCACGGUUGCUAGAGGUCAAGCGAGACAGGAACCGACGCAGAAGACAGCAGCAGACUCUAGGAAGCGCAGUGCUGCUGCGAACGAUACUCCAUCAACCACUGCUCAGAAAGGAUCUUCGCGCCGUCGGAACUCGUCUAAAAAUGCCAAAACCACGCCUGUGAAGAAUGCAGGGGGGGAGAGAGGCAGCACUAUUGAUAUCGAGAUGCCCGACGCGCCUCCACCUACGAAACCCCCAGAGCAGACCUCCCCAACAAUAACUGUCAAAUCCACCCUUUCCACUGGAGAGAGACCGCAGCCUUCCUCAUCACCUUCAGCUAGUCAAGGCCAUCUUCCAUCCUAUGACCCAGCUCUCGACCGCGAUCCGCUACUCCGUACGCUUAAUCUUCCCAAGAUGCCAUCAGAACGCGUCAUGCAAGCCCUCCUGUCCGAGCCUUCGCUGACUUACGUUGCCGCGCGGGCCAAACCACUGGAUCAAAACACGGCGGGUGAUGGAGGUUUCGCCAUGCGCACGGGAAACAACUCACUUAUGGCCAAACCCCAGCGCUGCAUGGCCUACUAUGACGUUGACGCCAUCUUGACAGACUCGCAAAAACUGCCCUGCACCUUCGAACUGGACGUGCCUGGCCUUGGAUACUUGGAUGGUAAUGCCGGUGGGACGAUCAAGGCGGGCACAAAGAUCGAUCUGCCCAUGUGGCUAGGUGUCAUGCUGGCGGUGUCAACCGGGAAUACGCCUGGCGCUCAACGGCUCGUCACGCUGGAUUUCCCGGCGCCGCUUCAACAGCGCGUCAUCAACGCGCUCAAAGCAGACCCGAAGACCGUCGACCUGCGCGCCCAGGCGCCGCACUUCUACGCUCUCGGUGCCCGGAUCAUGGAGUUGUUCGAUGAUCGCGCGGUGCUGGAUACCUUGUUAGAUACAUUCAAACAACGAGCGGCAGAGAUUGCCGAUCAGGCACAUAACCCCCGAGGCGCAUUGGGCGACGGAGCAGAGUUUCUGAGAGGAUUGGAGGAGAGUGAGCGACAGCUAUUCAAGGCGGCACACGAGGGUCCCAAAGCCGUCAGAGCUUGGACGCAGGACUUGAAGAAGAAUACUUGA